AUGGACGAUUCAAGUUCUGACAAAUUCAAAGAAGGUGGCCUAACCAAAGGUCGUAGCUUUUCUGAUAUUUUCCGUGCCGUAUUUCCGCUCUACGAAGUGCCGCUCAGUAACGACAACGUCAUCAGCAGCAAUAAUGAUAAUAUUAACGAGUGGUCGUCGAACGAGUCUAAGAAUGUUGACUGCAACUCCGAUAAAUGCGUCCGACCAUCUCUAAUGACAACCAAACCAAUUCUGAAAGCCCAGAGUUUGGCGUCAUUUCGUCAUUUGUUCAGUAUUGCUGGUUUUACCGCACAGCAUGCUGGCAGUCAAACGAGUUUGUCGAGAAAUGACUCGGCAGCAGAAAUUGUCGAUGACGUUGAUGGCAAUCUUUCAAAACAUUCUCAAAACAUUUUCUGCCCUAACAAAAAAAUUUUCUCUCAAAAGAUGGAGACCAUUCCUGGCUCUCCAAACAUUGAAGAGGACAAUUUUGCACCCUUCCAUCAAAGUCAACAACUACUCCUGCAAAAACAACUUCCACAACAGCAACAGCCCUGCAAGAAAACAAAUUUGUUAGAACGUUUAGUCAGGACUGAAAAAUUCACAUUAAAUAACAAAGAGAUCAACGCUUUUGCUCCUACUUCUCAAUGA